AUGUAAAAGAUCUACCCGGUCUCCAAACCUCUCUCUGCCUCGGAUGGCUUCUUCGUCCUUCCCUCCCUCCGCUUGGGCUUUCGCUCCCACCCAACUCAACUCUUCCUCGGCCAAGCCAGCCGUCCUCCUCUUCCGGACGAGGCCCUUCUCUUCCUUUACGCCAAACCGCGCCUCUUCCGCCGACCAAAACCCGCAAGAAGAGGGGGCGCCCCCCGACCCCGUGAAGCUCGCCUUCGCCAAAGCCAAAGCUUACCAGAAAGACAAGAAAUCGGCCCCGAUCGCGGAACCCGAGCCUCCUCCCAGCCCCAGUGCUGGAAUCGAGGGGGUUGGUGAUGACUCUCCCCCCCAGGUCCCCUCGGCGGUGAAGCUCGCGAUGGAGAGAGCUAAAGAGUACAAGAAGGGCAAAGGAGCUCCGGGGCCACAAAAGAUGAGCUUACCAUACUCAAGAGAGCUACUUGAAGAGAAAAGUAAGAAGAGAGAGUUGAAAGUAUCUAGUGUUGACUUUUUGGGGCUUGAUUUUGCGGAGAAAAAAACAUAUAGAGGAAGGCCACCUGGCUUGAAUCCGGUUAUAGAACCAAUUUCAGAAGGGGAUUUGCCUGAAGUGGAGCUUAUUGUUGGGGAUCCCAGCAAGUUUGGAGAGUCAACCCCUUCAGUGACUGUGAAUCCAGAAGAGAAUGAUGAUAACAUGGUAUUUUAUAAGCCCAAGGUUUCUACAUGGGGAGUCUUCCCAAGGCCCAACAACAUUUCUAAGACGUUUGGUGGAGGAAGAAAUAUCAAACCUGGUGAGGUGCUGGAAACUGCCGAAGGUAAAGCAGCUAAAGAAAAACGCACUAGGGAGUUAUUAGCAGCCUACAAAAGUAAGAUGGGCUUGAUGAUUGAUGCUAAAACAAAAGCUGAAUGUGAGAAGGCUUUGAAGGAAGGUGAUAAAUUGAUGGAUCUUGGAAGGUUACGGGAAGCAUUGCCUUUUUAUGAAAAGAUUAUGAAAGAUUUGGUUUUUCAGAGUGAACUUCAUGGACAAGCUGCUUUGCAGUGGUCGAUAUGUCAAGAUUCAUUGAGCAGGCCAAAUGAGGCUAGAGUAAUGUAUGAGAAGCUUCAGUCUCAUCCGAAUGUUCAAGUGAGCAAAAGAGCAAGGCAGUUUGCUUUUAGCUUUCAGGCUAUGGAAAUGAUGAAAGCGUCAGGCUCAUCGUCGAUUCUACGGAAAACAGGUUAUGAGACCUACUUUGAUGCAUUUGUAGAGAAUAAUGAUGACUACAGUCCUACAAAGGAGGAACAGGAAGAGAGCACACUGCGACAAGGCCUUCCUUACAUUAUCAUGUUUCUCUCAUCUCCCGUUCUUUUUAUAAUUUUUCUCGCAGCAAGAAAAUCCCUUGGGCUUUGAACAAGGUGUUCCUUUCGAAGUGAUAUGUCAACUUCUAGACAACGGAUGAGAAUUUUUUCCACAAGGCAUCAGUGAGGUAAAACACUGUCACCGAAUGGAUUUGUUUGGCUCCUUUAAUUCAAGCAUAGUUAGAUUUUGGCUUGGUAAGGACAGUUGACAGUAGAUUUUUACCAAUUACUUUUGAGCCAGUGGAGUGAGUGCAUAGGGUAUUUGACUGCGGAUGAGCAGCAACCUUUUUCUUUCUCAAGAAGAAGCCAAACGAUGUUUGGUGGAACACAAUGCCACGAGGAAGUGGCAUUACAUGUGAAUUAACAUCACAACGACCUUAAAGUAAAUAAUACAAAACUAUAAUAUUGUUGAUGGA